AUGACGACAUUUGAAAUGAGUGACAUGGGACUAAUGCACUACUUCCUUGGAAUGGAAGUAUAUCAAGAAGGAGGCAUUUUCAUUUCACAAAGAAAAUAUGCUCUUGAUUUGCUCAACAAGUUCAAUAUGGCUGAAUGCAAAUCAGUAGCCACACCUUUGAUAGUAAAUGAGAAAUUGAAAAAGGAAGAUGGUGCAAAAGAAGCCGAUGUAGUAGCAUAUAGGAGCUUAAUCGGAAGUUUACUCUACUUGGUUACCACUCGGCCUAACAUCAUGUAUGCAACCAGCCUCCUCUCAAGAUUCAUGCAAUGUCCAAGUCAAAUCCAUUUUGGAGCUGCUAAAAGAGUGCUGAGAUACAUUCAAGGCACAAAGUAUUUCGGUAUUUGUUAUAAACCAAGUUCUCAUUCAACUUUGACUAGUUUUACUGAUAGUGAUUGGGCUGGUUAUGUGGAUGAUAUAAGAAGCACAUCCGAGUAUUUUUUUUAA